AUGCAAGCUCCAAGGGGAAGGCAAUUCAAAAUUCUUGGAAAUGUAGUUAAUGUAGUGGCAGAAGUAUCCAAUACUGUUAAUGUGUUACCAAGGUUACCCAGUGAUACUGGUACAAUUAAAGUAAAUUUAAAGAGAAAAUUACAAUACAAAAGUUCAGCAAUGUCUUUCAAUGUAAGACCGCAUAAAGUUAUUCAAGCAGCUAACUGGCUCAUCAAUAACAGUAGCCUGUAUAGACAAGAAGGAAUAACAGUUAAUCAGGUCUGGGGAGUAGAAUAUAGAGACAACUGUUUGGUAGAUGAAAGAUAAUAGGUAAUAAUAAGUAAUAAUAGUAAUAAUAAGAUAAUUGGUAGAUAAUAUAUGCAUGCCAAUAUGGCUGCCACGCUCUUUAGAGCUCUUGCAGUUUUCUAUAUUUUUACCUUCAUAACUAUGAUAACAGUCGAAAGAGCUUAUCGAAAUCAAUCUUUAACAUCAAGAUGCAUUAGUUGGAUGGCUAGAUUUGAGCUGAGAGUAUCCCGGUCUCGAAAUCUCCGGGUAAGAAGGGCUAUGGUGAAAUGGGACAGUCGAGGCAUGGUCUUCCUGGCCGCCCCUGAGAAGUUUGUUGUGCUCGACAUUACUGUUAAUAUGGAUGUCCAUCCACAUCCUGGACCUGAAGAAGUGGAUAAUGACCACGGUAAACGAAAACAGAGCUCCAACUCCUCGGACUCUGCUUGUCAACCUGCAAUUGGGUCAGUCAGAAUCCAUUGCUCUCACAAUCGUGACAGGCUACUUUCGCUGAGACGUUCGGCGGGCCGACCUGCGCCUCAUGUUUUCGAUACCCUUAAAUCCCUGGGAAUUCUGAAAUACAGAGGUCCGGGAUUACGAAGAUUGGGGAAAAUUACUAAAAAUAUCUCUGCAUCGCAACACUCCGACAGAUGUCGACCCAUUGAAGUUGUUAAAACCCGGCGGUUUGCUAGACCUUAUCGCUUCCAAGAUCCCGCUAAGAACAGAUAUCUUACAGCUAUUCCUCGAGAGCCUACUAAAUCAUCUACCGAUUGCUCGGAGUUUGCCGUUCCCAAGUGUAUGUUCAUCAAUAUUUGCAGUCUCGCAAAAACUAAGAACAAAGUGCGUGCGGCGGUUGGACUUGAGGCUGACUUGCGAUCUAAAGAUAUUGAUGUUUGUGUCGUAUCGGAAACACACCUCAAACCGGCACAACCGGAUGCGAUUGUAAAUAUUGAGAACUAUUCCAUCUUUCGUAGAGACAGAAAUUGGAAUGGCAGAGAUAUGCGCAAUAAGGGUGGGAUUGCUAUAUACAUCAGGAACAAUCUUGCAGUAGAGGAUGUUUACCGCUCUAGUCUUUAUGAAUUAAUUUGUAUAACUCUGCGACUUCCCAAGGGACAUCGAUUUGUAAUAUGUGGAAUUUAUCAUCCCCCAAAAUUUAAUUAUGCAGAGAUCGAUCUAAUGAAUCAUCUUGUAAAUACCGUGGAUAAUAUACUAGACAAACAUCCACAAUCAGUUGUGUUGUGCGGUGGCGAUGUCAACAAACUGGAUAUCAAACGCUUCGAAGAAAUGUCUGGUUGGAAUGCUCUGGUUAAUUUCCCCACCAGAGGGAAUUCUUGUUUGGACAACUGUUUCACGAACCGCACGGAUCUCUUUUCAAAGUGCUAUCCCUUUCACAUGCUCUCCAAGACGGAUCACAUGGGAGUUAUUUUACCACCCGGUAUAAAGCUUCCACCUAUCCGCCGUAAAGUAUACGUGCGUGACCAAAGGGCUCAUAGAAAGCGUGAUCUGUAUAUCGCGUUGGCGAAGGAAAACUGGGAUGAUAUGAUACAGGAAACUGAUGUCGAUGAAGUGGUUGGUAGGCUCGAAAAUACCAUCCUAGGGCACCUGGAUAGCUGCAUGCCUCUGAAAACAGUGCGCAUGUCUUCAAGAGACCCGGGCUGGAUGACUCCGCUCGUUCGAUCGAUGAUACGAGCCAAAUCACGCAUAUCACUCAGUAAUCUAGACCGUCUUAAAGUUAUGAACAAAAGGAUCUCUGAAGUGAUUUUCAGAAACAGAAGGGACUUUAUCGCCUCUAUUGGAACUCGGGAUUGGUGGAAAAAAGUGGAUAAAACAUCUCAGCGCCGCAAGCCGGUGAUUUCUCUAUCUCUUGGCCACUACGAACUCAACGCGUUAAAUGACUACUUUGGUGACCUAUGUACUGACCACGCCUACAGAAAGCCAACACCUCUGGAGAUUAGUGAAGAUCAGGAAGUCCCAGAAAUCUCAGAGCGACAAGUCCUGAAUUCUCUUAUGCGUAUAAAGAAAACAGCAACCGGACCAGAUGGCAUCCCGUAUACUAUAUGGAAAGACCACGCCGAGCUAUUCGUUCCAGUGAUCACCUGGAUUUGGAAUCUGUCUCUUAGAACACACGCCUGGCCUGUCUCUUGGAAAAAGUCAGACCUGUACCCCUUGCCGAAGGUUGAUAUACCUAAGGGAAUAUCAGACUUCCGCGGAAUAAAUGUGACACCUGUCAUCGCAAGGUGCUUUGAGAAAGCUGUCUUAGGAACACACGCAAGGGAGACCUUCGAUGAACAUUCUGGGAUCUCACAGUUUGCAUACAUAGAGGGAGGGAGCUGUACCAAUGCUCUACUGACUAUCCAACAUACUGUCAAUCAAUAUCUUGAUAUCCCAGAGUGCAAAGCGGUACGCCUAUUCGCUAUGGAUUUCAGCAAGGCUUUUGAUAGUGUGAAACACGAUCUCCUCUCACACAAAUUGAAGCAACUCCCCCUAAAUCCUUUUAUAGUUAACUGGUAUCUAAGCUUUUUGGAAGACAGGCAGCAGAGAGUCAUUAGAAAUGGGUUUAUUGGAAAAUGGAAAAGUGUCAACAAAGGUACCACCCAAGGAAGUGUCAGCGGGCCGCACUUGUUCAAUGUCUUUCUCAGUGAUUUAGAGAUACACUUGGACAAUAAGAGCGUGCUGGUAAAAUAUGCAGAUGAUACAACCAUUAUCUCGCCUGUGAUAGGUGAUAAUGACAAUUCUAUCGCACUGAUUAAUCAGUUUUCCCAGUGGUCUAGAAGUAAUGGUAUGUGUAGCAAUCCAUCUAAGUGCAAGGAAAUCAUUUUCCGCAAGAAAGGUUGUACAAUAGAGUUUCCGAUGGUGUCUGGAAUACCACAGACAAAAGAGCUUACUAUUUUAGGGGUAACAUUUCAGGAAGACAGUAGGUUCAUAACACAUAUUCGGGAAAAACUAAUUAAAGCAAACAAGUGCCUGUUCAUUUUAAGAUCUUUAAGGAAAGAAGGGUACAAUCAGGCCGAAAUAGACCAUCUGUUUCUAAAUCUGGUUCUACCAAAUAUAUUAUACGGGUUGUCCGUAUUUGGCGCUGUAAAUUCGAAUUAACAACAAUCCAAUGUUUCUUAGAUCGAUGUUAUAAGCGCAAGUAUACAUCCGAUCACAUUAAUGUUUAUGAAUUGUUAGUUCAACAGGACACGCGUAUCUUCAAGAAUGUUUUUAAUAAUACAAUACACCCUUUAAGAGCUAUAAUGCCAAAAAAGAAAUUAACCAAGUACAAUCUGAGGAAAGAGACAAGUCACCAUCCUAAAAUAAACACUGAUAGGUUCAAAAACACGUUUGUUAAUCGCUUAAUUUUUAAACAUAAUCUAGUCUUAUAAUUUUUAUCUUGAUUUUCUCUGUAAUUUAUAUAUAUACCUUCUUUUAAUGUUGUAACAUAGGAUAUGUGAUUAUUUAUCUUAUGACUUAAUAAAGAUUCAAUAAUAAUAAAGAAAUAUUGAAAAUGAACACAAAGGGCUACAAAAUAUUGUUAACAGUUGUGUUAAUACUUCAAGUAAUACUAAUUGUGAUGAAGUUGUAGAGACCGAAGAUCAGUGGAGUGAAGAUGAAAUAGAAAUACCUGUUGGAGUUACUGACACCAUGUUGACAAACACAAAUUUUGUUGAGGACAGUGAGAGUCAUCAUAUUUUAAAUGUUGCACUAGGUAAAGGGAAUAAACCUUUAAGCAUAUUCAGAGAUCAAUAUUCUAAAGAAUUGGCAUAUCCUGGCAUAUUUCUUGGACAAAAACGACCAGAAAAUAAAGAGAGAUUGGUUAGCGUGCAUUACAGAGACAUUGGUAAAUCUGAGUUGAGGCGGUCAGAUAGAAGAGCGGCUAUGUGUGUUGAAAACAUAUUCUUUAAAACAAAGAAACUGCAAAUGAAAAUACUAUUAGGAAAUUCCCAAGUUGCUCUUAGAAAGUGCAAAGGGAUUAGCAGAACUUUAAAUGCAGCACAACAUAAACAAGAAGGAGCAAUAGAGAAAUUGAUUCAUCAUGAUGAUGGAUUUCAGUUUCUUAGAGCAUUAAGAGGUUCCCCACCAUAUUUUGAAAAAGCAAAGAAAGACUUGUUUGCCAUGAUAAGACAAUUAGGACCAGCCUCGUUAUUUUGUAGUUUCUCUUCAGCAGAAACUCAGUGGAUUCAUUUGCUCAGAAUACUUGGAGAGUUGGUUGACCACAAACAGUACACUGAUACUCAUCUGGAAAAUAUGAGCUGGGAUGAAAAAUGUAGGUUAAUUCAAAGUGACCCAGUAUCAUGUGCCAGACAUUUUGAUUAUCAGAUCAGUCAAUUUCUCACUAACUUCCUCUUGAAUAAGUGCCAACCUCUAGGAAGGAUAUCUGACUGGUUCUAUAGAGUAGAAUUUCAACAACGAGGUUCACCUCAUAUCCAUAUGCUUAUAUGGUUAGCCGGAAAGUGCACCAGUGUUUGGAAUUGAUGAUGAUGCAACUGUUACAACAUUCAUUGAUCAGAUUGUAAGUUGUAAAUGGCCAAUUGAUGACCCACAACUGCAGAAACUAGUGAACAGACAAAUUCACAGGCAUUCUCACAUAUGUCGAAAGAAGUCAAAGAGUGAAUGUCGAUUUAAUUACCCGCAACCUCCUAUGAGAGCAACUGAAAUCAUGUAUCCUUUAGGUUCAGAUAUAUCACAACAUGAAAUUAAAAAACAUAAAGAAACUUGGAAAACUAUUAAAAAGCAACUAAAUGAUUUAAAGGAUGGUGAAUCAAUUACUUUUGAGGAGCUGCUUCUUAAACUAAGUAUUACUGAAAAUAACUAUCGAUUAGCUAUCAGGUCAGCUUUGAAUUCUCCAACUAUAUUUUUAAAAAGAGAACCAAGUGAGUUAAGAAUUAAUAGUUACAACCCAACUUGCCUUAAAGCAUGGAGAGCAAACAUGGAUAUUCAAUUUGUUCUUGACAUCUAUGCAUGUGCUAUGUAUAUAGUAUCAUAUAUUUCUAAAGCACAAAAAGGAAUGAGUGAACUUUUGCGACAAGCACUUGCGGAAGCGAGGAAAGAAAAUUCUAACAUCAAGCAACAAGUCAGGGAUAUUGGAAACAAAUUUUUAAAUAGUGUUGAAAUUAGUGCACAAGAAGCUGUCUACAUUGUUCUCCAGCUCCCUAUGAAGAAGUCAUCACGACAAGUGGUAUUCAUAAAUACUGCACCUCCCGAUGAAAGAGUGCAGCUCCUAAAGCAACUUAAUGAAAUUAAAGAAAUGGAAGAUGAUUGUGAAGAAGUGUAUACAACUGGUCUGUUGCAGAUACAGAUAAACUUCCUUUAG